CACGUCAGAGACGUAAACAAUGCGAUUAGCUUACCAAGGCUGGACAAAAAGUUGUUUAUUGUUGCUAAGAAACCGCAUAAAAGGGUAAUACAAGACACCUUCGAUCGCCCACUAAGAAACUUGCAGAGCGAACGCGAUGCUAGUAAAUACUUGCCCCUUUUGAGACAGUAUUAACACCACCCACAAACUACUUUCAUCCAUUCAUCUACAUUGUAUAACCUGGUAGAAUUCACAGGUUUCUGAGUUGUGUAACACUCAUUAAUAAUAUUUAAAUGGAUAUGCAGUGACAAUUUGGAUACUGUACUUUACGAAUGGACACUGGCAUGUUAUAACAAUAAUGUCACAAGGAGCAGACAUUUCAAAAGGGUGGCUCUUGUAACUCGUCAUUAAUGCAUCACUAUGACGCAGACCAGUACGGGACAACUAACUGAUCCCAAUAAGCAAGUCUUUCCCAUAAUCACAAAUGCAGGGGCAUCACCAACGAAGAGCUUUGAUCCAAAUGAAAAGACCUUUUUUGAGUUACCAAAAAUAAACGAAAGGACAGCAAAAAAUUAUGAGCCAAAGGAAAACAAUGCAUUGAUACCAUCUCUCCCAAGGGUUCCUUCGAAUCUCAAAAAUACACUCUCACCAAAGGGACAUAGCGGAGAUCAAUUUGCACUGUCUAAGAAGAAUCAGGUUAUCACCCACAUGCCAUACCAAGUCCAAAAUUUCAGAUCUUGUUCAAAGAUAAAAAUGGUACCACUGUCAAAGCGCAACCGUGACAUGUUUACAGGGCUUAGGUCAGCAAACGUUGUCGUGAAACAAAAACAAGUUCCACUACACGGGCAAAGAUUUCUGUGGGAAGAGGGUGUUAAGGAGAGCAAGGAUAGUACCGAGAAAUGCAUAUCGUCUAAAAGUUUUCCAGAAAAGUUUGUAGAUUGGGAAGAGCAAUUGGAAAAGUUUAGAAGUGAAAAGCGAAAACUUGAACCAUAUCAUCGGAAAAAACGAGAUGAGCUUCAGAUAGGUGGGGCUACAGCUGUUAUAAGUGAAAGGGACAACUACAACUCUGAUAUGCAGAAGCUUCGGCACUUACCCCUCCCAGCACACUCUCAGGAGUUACUGACAGGCAAAGGAAUUCAUCUUCCACCAACCCAUACUAGUCAUCGCAAGCGUGAACAAUGGGAGGCAAGAUUAGACAGUGAAUGUAAAGCAACAUAUUCAGCUCCACCCAUUCAGAUGCAGCCUGUAGUAGCAAUCCGGCAAGCAUCGAAUCUCUCAGAGCAAGCACCUUCUGCGAUCAGCUCCUCUGAAGAGCAGAAAAAGCAUCAUCAACCGGCUGUGAAGGUUCGACGAAAAUCAAACACUCCUAAAAACAAGGCGAAUAGUAAACCAAGAGACACAAGUGAUACAAAACUGGUUCGGAAAGAAAAAUCUAAUUUUCAAGUAAAAGAAAAAGUUAGUAAAGAAAAGGAAGAAGGAACUUUUAAGAAAAACACAGCAGAAUAUCAGGAAGCUAAUGAAACUGCUUUAGAAAAACCUGUAGAGUUUGAAAUGUUCCCAGAAGCUGAUCAGCACAUGGAAACAAAUGAGAGAACUCAAGAUGACAAUGACCCAGCACCACUUAAUGAUGAACAAGACAGGCCUGAUUCAGAAAUGGACAUCGAGUACACCAGCUCAGAUCAAGACAUGUCUAAACUUUGCCCACCAAGAAGCUCAAUAGAGAUGAAAUCCGUGUCCCCCAACCCCCUUAAGAUGACAGACUUAAGUUUGUACAUUUCAGAUGCCAGAAAACAAGAAUUGAUUGAACAAUUCAAGAAAUUAGACUCAAAUAGUGAUGGGCACAUUACUUUCAAAGAACUCAAAACAGCAAUGCCUAAAACGCUAACAAAAUACCAAGAAAGAUUUGUCAAAGAGCUUACAUCGGUCUACGAGAUUGUAAGCUCAAGUACUUACUUCGGGCUUGAAGAGUUUAUUACUGUCACAUGUCUCUGCGAAAAUAUCAGCAAGUUAAGCGGUAGUUUGAAAGAUGCAUUUGAGGACAUCCAUACUUCAACACUAGAGAAAUCAAUUACUCAAUUUGUGAUGUUGUUUGCAACUGUAGACCGGCAGCAGAACGGAUCCAUCUCAAAGGACUCCCUGAAAGAGAUCCUUUCUAUGGCUUUGGACAAGGAUAUUGCAAGCAUACCAUUUGAAACAAUCCUAAAAACUAUGGAUCAAUCAGGUACAAUUGAUAAAGUGGAAUUCCUUUCUUACAUCCCAUACUUCCUGAAAUUCAAGUGAAUGUAUUAAUAAGAAUAUUACAAAAACAAUUGCAUUUUUACUAUUGUCUUUACCUUGACCAGAGUAUGGUGCAUCCUAUCACUACAACAAAUAGUCCACCCUCCACUACUGUCUAUCUUGUGCUCCUCUUUUGGUGUACUGUACAUGUUACUGCAAGUGUACCUAAUGUGGUAGUCUGGUGUGGAACCCUGACAAAAUGCUCAAAUUGUAUUGUCAGUAACAGUGUUGGUGCUAUUACGGUGGUACUGUAUUAUUAUUAUUGUUGUUAUUAUUAAUAAUACAAUUUCUUGACAGAAAUCUUCCCCACUUCUGGGUAAUUUGAAGCACCAAUCCAUCAUGUUCACGUAAUUCUGUUGAGCUCACAUUACUCCUUCCAAGCAUGUUGAAAAUGUAAACAUGCUAUACUUUCCCUGCUGUGAUUAGCUGCAAGGCACCUACUGGCUAUUGGAAUGUACUGAAACAUGUGACAUGAUACAAACAUGUGAUACUUUCCAUCCAAUCAGUUUAAUUACUUUAUUAUUCAAAAUGUUAAUAAUUUUAUAAAAGAAAUAAACAUGUUUGAAGCUUGGUACAAAAAAUCACCUACAGUAGAUGUAAAUAACAUGCUAAAACAAUUUAUUAUUAACAUUAUAUGAUUUACUGACUAAAUAAAAGUUAUACUGUACAUUUAAAACUUAAAAAUCAUUAUUAUUUAUGUCACCUGUGAUUUAAAUGUAUGGUGUAUAUAUAUUUGAGGUAGACUGGAAAAUAGUGAUUUUAUUUUCUAGGUCAAAUCAUGGUCAAAUUAACAUGGUAGUCCUACUAAACAAACAAUAUGAAUCUUUUUAUAUUUUCUAUUGUUUAAGGAGACUCAAAUUAUAAUGCACUUCCACAAUUCGUUGAAUACUUCAAUUAAUAAAAAUGAAUGCAAAUUUGUAAUUCUUAUUUAUUAUUAUUAUUUAAUACUAUAUUAUUUUUUCAUACAUUUACAAAUAUAAGAACACUUUAAUAAUUCAUUUUAUACUAAGAAAACAAAUUAAAUUUUAUAUUCACUUUGGCAGAACAUUAUAUUUCUAUUUUGUAUCUUAAAUGAAUGCAUUUAUAAACCAUGUCAGUAUUAAGUAAAAAUUGAUAACAAUAUUAAAUCUAUGCAUAUAGAUUAUUAACAUGUACAUUAUUAAGUCUUCCUCUAGUUAAAAUAUGUUGUCAAAAAAAACUGAAAUGUUUUAGAUAAAUGCAUGAACUUCCACAACCAGUAACCCUAUAUUUAUGUGCAUCUAUUUAAUGCAUACAAAAUGUAACACAAAAAUACUACAGUAUAAAGUAGAAUGACUCUUCAUUUUUCAAUACUGUAUAAAUUAUUAUCUCCUGCAAUAUAUUUCAUUGGAAUGUUGAAAUACUAUAAUUUGAAUACUGCCCUCAUUAGCUUGUAAUAUAUUAGUUUAUUAUAAUUAUUAUUAUUUUUCUUAAGGAAGUUAGUUUGUGACUAAGUGUAUAACCCACUAUGUUAUGUACCUAUGUGCAGCUAUAAGACAGUGUGCCUCACUUUUGUUUGAAAUAUAAAUUUGCGCAAUAUAAUAUUUGUGUGUUGUGGAUUGUAUAAAGGAACAAACUAAAUAUUAAUACCGUCAAUGGUUUGUGCUAUUUAUUGGAGCAAUGCAAAAACACUGUAUUAAAUGAUACACACGUUUUAUCUCUCUGA